AUGGCGCACUUCGGGCGCUCCGGGCCGCCGGCGAUUCGCGACUCAUUCUCCCUCCUCGUCCUCAAUGUCUCCUUCCGCACGACGGCCAACGACCUCUUCCCGCUCUUCGACCGCUGCGGCGAUGUCGUCGACAUCCACAUCCCCCGCGACCGCAGGACUGGGGAUUCACGAGGGUUCGCGUUCGUGAGGUACAAGUACGAGGACGAGGCGCAGAGGGCCGUUGACAAGCUUGAUGGGAGGAGAGUGGAUGGGAGGGAUAUCAUGGUGCAGUUUGCCAAGUACGGCCCCAAUGCUGAAAGGAUUCAAAAGGGAAGGAUUGUGGAGGAAAUUCCGAAGCCAGGGGGUCGCCCCAGAAGCCGCAGUCCAAGACCGAGGUAUCGAGAUGAUUACCGGGACAGAGACUACAGAAGGAGAAGCCGUAGCAGAAGUGCAGAUAGAUAUGAACGGGACAGGCCCAGAGAUAAAGACUUCCGUCGCCAUAGCUUGAGUCGCAGUGUUAGCCCUGAUUAUGACAGGAGGCAUAGCAGGCGGAGGUAUGCAUACGGGUUUGGAUCUCCUGCUGUUUUUUCUGUCAUACCUGACUACAUUCAUGUCUAA